AUGGGGGAGAAGAAGAAAGAUAUGCCAACAGUUUGGUUUUCAUUGAAGAAAUCCUUGCAUUGUAAAUCAGAGCCAUCAGAUGUGUGUGAUCCAAAGACCAGGAAGCAGUUGAGUGCAAUAUUGACUAGAAAAUCAGGCAGGUCUGGUUGUUCAAGGUCUAUAGCAAAUCUGAAAGAUGUUAUUCAUGGGAGCAAGAGGCAUUUGGAAAAGCCCCCAAGUUGUAGUCCAAGAUCCAUAGGGAGUAGUGAAUUUCUCAACCCAAUAACUCAUGAAGUGAUUUUGAGUAACUCAACAUGUGAACUCAAAAUCACUGGUUUUGGUGGGUGGCAAGAAGGUGGGCUUCACGGUGGUGGUGGUGUUGAUAAUGGUGGUGCUGGCUCUCCAUUUGUGGGAACUUUAAGACCUGGUACUCCUGGCCCUGGAGGGAACCCUACAAUGCAUUACUUCAAUCCAUCCUACAGAAAUGCUGCAACUACUCCUAGAAAGACUUCUCCUUUUGAGGGCAUUGGGAAUGGAAAUUCUGCAAAUUUUGAGGGGACUAAUGGUUUGCCCUUAAAACCAAGGGCAUCCCUUGAUAAAGAUACUAAUGGGUCUUCUUCUAUUGCAUGCCACAAAUGUGGAGAACAGUUUGGAAAGUGGGAAGCUCUUGAAUCACAUCAUCUUUCAAAGCAUGCUGUGACUGAACUUGUGGAGGGUGACUCAUCCAGGAAAAUUGUUGAAAUCAUCUGCCGAUCAAGCUGGCUGAAGUCCGACAACCACUGUGUUAGAAUUGAAAGGGUAUUGAAAGUACACAAUAUGCAGAAAACACUGGCUCGAUUUGAGGAAUACAGGGAGACGGUGAAAGUAAAGGCCAGUAAGCUUCCUAAGAAACACCCUCGAUGCCUAGCCGAUGGAAACGAACUUUUAAGGUUCUACGGCACUACUCUAUCAUGCUCUCUUGGCAUGAAUGGAUCCUCCAGUCUUUGCAUUGCCGACAGAUGCUGUGUUUGUCGAAUUAUAAGACAGGGCUUUUCGACCAAAAAGGAACUGAAAGGUGGAAUAGGAGUUUUCACAACUUCUACAAGUGGAAGAGCUUUUGAAUCUAUAGAAUUCCAUAAAGAUGAUAUACCCGUAAGAAAAGCUUUAAUAGUAUGCAGAGUUAUUGCAGGGAGGGUGCAUCGACCUCUGGAGAAUAUUCAAGAAAUUGCUGGCCAGACGGGGUUUGAUUCAUUAGCUGGUAAAGUUGGUCUUUAUUCAAAUAUUGAGGAGCUUUAUUUGCUUAACCCUAGAGCUCUUCUUCCUUGUUUCGUGGUGAUAUGCAAACCCUGA